AUGGAAGUUCAAGUGCUAUCGCCCAGGUCCGCCAACGUCCCAGUCAGGCCCAGGCCAGCAAUGCAAAAAUCGACCAAAGACCCUCAACCCAAACCUCAAGAAAAGCCUUCAAACCCAGAUCGUAUAGACGAUAAAUGGCGUCCACCUGUAACGGUGACAGAGCCUGGUGAUUCGGCACAGACUUAUGUUGUUGGAAAGAAGCUGGGCAAAGGAGGGUUCGCAGUAUGUUUCGAAGGUCGCACUCAAAGUACAGGCGAGGUGUUUGCCCUGAAAGUAGUUAAGGCCAAGGUUGAGCAAAAAAAGAUGAUGGAGAAAUUUCGCACAGAGAUGCAAAUACACGCAAAAAUGGUGCAUCCCAACAUAGUCGAAUUUUACCGGGCAUUCUCCUUAGAAGGACAUACUUAUGUUGUGCUGGAAUUGUGUGAUAAUGGCAGUUUGACAGAUAUGGUCAAGGCGAGAUCGUGCUUGAGCUUACCGGAAGUCAGGCGCUUCACCAUCCAGAUAUGUGGCGGUGUCAAAUAUAUGCAUAAACGAAACGUCAUCCACCGAGACUUGAAGAUGGGCAACAUCUUCCUGGAUUCCAACAUGAAUAUCAAGAUUGGUGAUUUUGGGUUGGCAGCUGUAUUGGCGGACGACCAAGAUCGGAGAACAACCCUCUGUGGUACACCCAACUAUAUUGCUCCUGAGAUUUUGAGCAAGUCAGGAGUACGGGGGCAUGACAGCAAGGUCGACGUCUGGGCCAUUGGCAUCAUAUGUUACGCCAUGCUCAUGGGCACGCCUCCCUUCCAGUCGAAAACACAACAAGAAAUAUACUCAAAGCUGAAAAAUCUAGAUUACGAGUGGAAGCUCGACAGCAAGAACUUCAUUCCAGACGAGGCGAAAGAGUUUGUCGCCGCCUGCCUAAAUCUGGUUGCUACCGACAGACCAGAGAUGGAUGACUUGGUGGAAUACGGCUUCUUCAAGAAUGGCACAAUCGCCGACGUGCUGGAACGAGCAAAUAUGAGAGCUAAGCCGAUAUGGCUACUGGAGGCAGAACCUAGAGGAGACAGGGUGAAGCCCGGAUAUGGCGCCGAUCAUGCUACUAUCUGCAGUGAGAGUGGUGUUGGCAGAUUAUCUGACGGAAAGUGCAGACCACCAACAGGGCAAAAAGGUCUAAUAUCAGCGCUGGUCGAGAUUGAAGCCGAGAACAGAAAAGGAUGUGCUCCAGUCACUCCUUUGCCAGAAGGUGUCCUUUACCGCCAAUUCACUGAUCCCGAGCCUCAACGACCGGCCUUCCAAAAGGCAGCAGCAGCACGGCCUAGGAGCAAGAAACCUAUUGAGGAUGCGCGAGAUAUUAUAUCUAGUGUAUCUAAUCGACCACCUUUGGUUGGUGCAGAUCGGCUGCAAUCAGCUGCAAGACCUCUUCAGAGUUUCGCAGCUCAACAAAGACAGCAAGCAGCUCCAGCCCGUGCCACUGUCACCAAACCACCGAUUGUGGACGAGUUGGUAGACAUCAAGGCAGCGAAGCCAACAGCAGAUACCAAAGGCUUUCUGCGAGCACGCCCUAUCCGAGCAGCUAGCACGCGCUCGAUGCAAGCAAGCAAAGAUGAACCAGUGGCUACAAGAUCAAGCACUCGUCUGCACCAGCUUAACGAGCUGUCCCAUCAGCUGCAGAUGGACGCCGAACAUAUGAACAAAGCACGAGAACCAGCUCCAAAUAUGGAGACUGGCACAAUGAGAUCCCGUGGCUUGCCUCGCCCGAGAAGCGUAGCUCAGGAGAGAAGGCCAGAGAGACCUGCUUCAGUCAUGUCAACAAGCUCAACAGAGGAUCAACCUCGAAAGGCAGUACGAAAACCGACAACUAACGUGGACAUGAAAGUAAAGACCAUGACAACUGUGUCUCUCGCUGAAGUAGAAAACGAAUUUGCAAAAGGCAUGAUCCUCGACGAUCCACCAGCCUUACCACCAAGGACAAUCUUCAAACCACGUCUGAUUGAGGACAAGGACAGACAUACUCGAGUACACGGCACUUCGCAUACUCACGUAAUGCGUUCUCUUCGUGAUCUGCAUACAUCCCUGAGCACUCCCAAGGAUUCUUCAGCUAGCCACACACCAUUCCAGACAUCACAACCAUAUCCUCGUGUGGAGAAAUGGGUUGAUUACGCCACAAAGCACGGCAUAGCAUAUCUGCUCACGGAUGGCUCGUUGGGAAUGGUCCUGAAGUCCAAAGAAGAGGACAACAAGGCUUCAGGAUGCGUAGUCGUCCGUCACGCAAAGCGACAUGCCGAGCUGAGAACAAGAGGCAAAGAGUACCAAUAUGUACCUCAGAGCCCUAAUGCCUCCGACGUCGAGUUCUAUGAACAGAUCGACAUGACGGAGCCAAUGCGUCGGCUCGACGUACCUGCAUCAAAAUUCCAUCUCGACAUCGAACGACACGGAUCUCAAUCAGCGGCAGCGAACGCCCUUCUAGCAAGCUCGAAAGGAGCAGAAUCCCAACGUCUCAAAGAAGUUGGGCUCUUGGACAAGUUCGGCAAAUACAUGCACAAACAGAUGAGCAGUAUCUCAGCCUCUUCGGACACAACUUCAAUAUCUCAAUCAGACGACCAGGCCGUCGGGCACCUGAUCCACUUCUACCAACGUCUGGGCAAUGUUGGUGCGUGGCGUUUCGCUGAUGGCGGCAUUCAAUUCAACUUCCCAGAUCACACAAAGAUCGUCAUCUACCAAUCGUACACCAAGCUCAACGAACCUGCCGAAGUCAUGGUAGAUCUCAUACACCUCGAGCCACGAGACGCCAGGGAUCUAGCAGAGUUUGGGCAGAUUACACACGAAGCAUUGGAACGGCGCGACCUGAAGACCUUCCGCCUCAGUGAUAUUCAAAGACUCAAUGGAUUCAGGAGAAGUGAGAUCGAAAUCCUGCGAACAAAUGAGGUUGCUGAGAAGCUGGAUUGGAUCAAGGCGGUAAUAGGGAUUUGGAUCAAGGAGGGGGCAUUAGGCUGGAUGGGAGCGGAGAGAUUAGGUUGGAGUGGGUUGCAAGAGAAGAGGGAGGACAGGGAGACUUCGAGUAGUGCUGGAAAGAAGGCGAAGUUGCAGUGGGUUACGGUCGGGCGACCGAAUGGUGAUAGUAGCGAGUGA